ACAUAACUCCCGCCUCGUCGAACGUCACUUCCGUACACACAAGAUGGCGGCGUCCUCGUGGACGGCGCGCGGCCGGACGAUUUGCAGAUGUAGUCCUGUGAGCUGCAGCCAGCGACGCUUCUUCAACUCUGGUCGCGGCUUCCUGUUGCGUUACCGGCCCCUCCCCGUCCUGGUGGCGACUGGCAGUGCUUACUACGGUUACCAGCAAUACAAAAGGCCGGACCGAGCGGCUGGAGCCCCGCCUGCGCUGGCCACGCCCACUCAGGUGGCCCUCUAUCGCUCCUUCCCCACCCGCCUUCUGUCUCGAGCGUGGGGUCGCGUCAACGGGGUGGAGCUCCCGACGUGGCUCCGCAAACCCGUCUACUCGCUCUACAUCUGGACCUUUGGAGUCAACAUGCAGGAAGCGGCGGUCGAGGACCUGCGCCACUACCGCAAUCUGGGAGAGUUCUUCCGGCGCCGUCUGAAGGCGUCGGCGCGGCCGCUUUGCUCCGCCUCCUGCCUGGUGUCUCCGGCGGACGGCAGGAUCGUUCACUUGGGUCGCGUGUCCAGUUCGGAGGUGGAGCAAGUGAAGGGCGUCACGUACAGUCUGGAAGACUUCUUGGGGCCGCAAGAUGGCCGAGACAAAGUGACUGCGGCUCUCUCAGCCAGCCUGAGCACGCGCGCAGAGGCGGCGUCCUUCCGGGACGGCCUCCUGACCAGUCCCGACAACGACCUGUUCCACGUUGUGGUGUACCUGGCCCCCGGCGACUAUCAUUGCUUCCACUCGCCAGCUGACUGGACGGUGGCGCUCAGGCGACACUUCACAGGUUCGCUGCUGUCGGUGAGUCCGGGCGUGGCGGGCCGCGUGAAGGCGCUGUUCUGCCUCAACGAGCGCGUGGCUCUGAGCGGCCGAUGGCGCCACGGCUUCUUCUCCUUCACGGCCGUGGGCGCCACCAACGUGGGCUCCAUCCGCAUCUACUUUGACCGAGAGCUGCGGACAAACGCGCCCGGCGACAUCAAAGGCCAUUUCCACGACCUGCGUUACGGGGAGGAGCCGGCCAAAGGGGGCGUGGCCCUGCAGCGGGGGGAGGCGGUGGGCGAGUUCAACUUGGGCUCCACCGUGGUGGUCCUCUUCGAAGCCCCGAAAGCUUUUACCUUCAGCGUCAAGCCGGGACAAAGCGUCAGGGUGGGCGAGGGCCUGGGCAGCCUUUGAUCGGCCAACCGGCUGGCUUCAACGUCACAACUUUGGCCGGUAAAUAUCAAGGCGUGAGGUCCCCUAGUGCCUUGCGGUUGCUCUGUUGUCGGAAUUGAUGGCGUCCGUCCGAGUCCUUGUUUGGAUUAUUUUUGGAAGUUAAGAAAGCCUUGUGAUUUAAGGCCUGCCCUUAAAAGACUUUUUUUUCCAAUUAUCAGCUGCGGUGUGGUUGACGUGUACGGGCCACCCUGGGCAUCUUGCUUGCAUUUCUUGCCACAGACAAAGCGCAAGUGCAUGAGUGCCGGAAUGCACGCCCUGCUUGUUUGCAAUUAAAAAAA